GGUUCGCCUAUCACGAGGCCGGUAAAACAGAAUGGCUUCUGUCAAAAUGGCCGAGUGUUCGUGGAAGGUUCAAUUCUAAUCGCUGGAAAAAAUCAUUCGUGUGUGCGAAUCCGUCAUUCCAAGCCCGCGAAUAACGCUUGGGCCCGUUUGCCCAAAGAUAUGUUGUCGUCCGGUAAACGCAGUUUAUCCAAAGAGGACAUCAGAGGCGCGGACAAAGAUGAGAAAGAAUCGCUAUUGGAGCACGACAGCGAUCUCGAUGAGGAGAUGCUGUUCACCCGACCCAGCACGUCGAGUGGAAAUGAAAAUGGUGAUAGUAAAAUGGACAGCGUCAAGCUGCAGAUUCAGGAGGUGGCGGACGUGAUGCGGGAUAAUGUCCAGAAGGUGAUGGAUCGCGGUGAGAGGUUGGAGGAUUUACAGGAGGCGAGCGAUCGUUUGAGCAUGGCCGGAAAUGAAUUUAGAGAAGCCGCAAAGAGAGCGCAACGGAGAGCAUGGCUGCAGAACAUAAAAUCAAGGAUUGUUAUUAUCAGCGUCACCGUUACGGUCGUCCUUUUUAUUGUUGUUCUGGACAUCGCGGUACUUUACCUGGUUCUCAGAUAGCAAGCAUGAUGUUUUGAGCUUCAAUCAUUCACAAAUUAAGUAUCCAUCCUUGUGAAAUACGCCUGACUGAGGAACUACCAACACACAUGUACAUGUUGUAUAUUAAAAUCUUCUUCCCAAGAACCAAUUAUAAGUAUUGUAGUUAUAUAAGUUUUUCUGUAUAAAUAUAUCUCUUCUAUUAUUUUUGUGUAAA